AUGGAGCUCGCUGGUCUCAUAGUGCUCACCCUUUGGAGCUUCGCGUCUGCAUCCCCUUACGGGUACGGCGCGAGGAGUGGUGCGGUGGCUAAAGCUGAAGCAAGCGCAGGUGCUGGUGAUUUUGGACUUCCUGUGAUUCCACUUGCUGUACCUGGCAGCGGAGGCUAUUCAGGAAGCUUUUCUAAGUCCUCUUCAUCUAGCUAUGCAUCUUCGAGCGCUAGUUCAAGUUCAAGCUCUUUCAGCUAUAGUGGAUCAGGAACGAAUGUUGUACCAGGUUUUGGGCAUGGUUUCGAAGGACCUGGUUGUAGUGGUGGAUGUCAACAUGGUGGAAAAACUGAUAAUGGUUUGAAUGGUCAAGGAUUAAAUCAGAAUAUUGGAAGCCAUGUGAAUAAUUACGCCGGUGCGUCAGCAGUAGCCGGAUCUGGUGCAUUUGCUGCUCCUAGCAACGCGCCAUGUAAAGAUUCGAGUUGCUACGGUACUUCUGAUAGUAAAUGUAGCUCAGGAAAAUGUAAUGCAGCAGGAAAUGGAAAUAAUAAUGACGCUACUUCAUCUGGUAGCUCUAUGGCAGAAUCUGAAAAUGAAUCGAACGAUUUCGCUGUAGGCACCGUAAACAAACCGCAUUUCUCUAGUCCAGAAUUAAAUGCAAGACCAUAUAACGAUAAUAAGCCAAAAUCUAACUCAGAAAAGUCCAGUAGUGAACGUUCUGAUACGAAAAUAGACAGUGAAAAUACAAAUGACUGUAAUUCACCAAAUUGUGAGUCUGUCGUGCCACUUACCCCAGGAAGGAAUUAUAAUAAUUUUAUUAAUAACCAGCCUGAUAAAAAAGCAUCAAUUCAGGAACAAGCUUGUGCUACACACGAUUGCAAUUCAGACUCUAACGGCAAAUUACCUACAAGUUACAAUGUUCCAAUAUUAGGAAAUCAACACCAACCAAACAUCAAUGUGGCAAAAACCUGUGAAUUCGGAAAUUGCCAAGAAUCAAGUAAUAACUUCCCUAGUAAUCAAAAUGUACAUCAGCCGUCGCAUACCCUUCAAGUUCCCACAGAGCAAUCUGGUCCUAUACCAUGCAAUACAAAAGAUUGUUCAACUCCCCCGAACCAUCAAGUAAAACCCGUAGUGCCUGCUAAAAAUGAUGUAAAUAUUCACACAGAUGGGAUACAACUGAGUUAUCAACCUAGCGGGCCUCCUAGUAUUGGUUUAAAUCCUUCUUAUAAUCCUAAUGGCCCUGAAAAUUUCAACAACCCACCUCAACCUACACCCGUUCCCGAUAAAAAUCCUUCUUACCAAAAGUUUCCUUCCGAAGGGUCUUAUAUUACCUCUCAACCAACUGGACCUAAACUACAAGUUACUCAAGAGCCUUAUGACAGAGCAGUUGCUGGUGCAAGUCCUCAUUAUUCCAGCAAAGCCCCGGGCUUUCAAACUAACCCCUCGGUACCCUCUAAUUUUGAAGGUCCCUAUCAACCAAAUAGGGAAAAUCAACAUAACAAUCCGCAAAAACCAGCCGAUUAUGAAAUCAAUCCGUCUUAUCAAUCUAAACAACCAGCCGGAAAUAUACCUUCUUUUCAACCAAGUGGCAUUUUUCCAGGACCUAACGUAAUGCCAAAUCAGCCAUUGCAUUCCAACCCGCAUCCUUCUUAUCCUACUGGUAGUGUACCGGGUGCCAACAUUUAUCCAUUGCAUCAGCACAGUGGUCCGCCAGGUGUUCAUAAUAAACCACAUUACCAAUCACCACUUGAAUCAGAUUUCAACCCAAUCCAAUAUCAACCUAAUAGAAAAACCGAUGGCCCAUCUAGUCCCAUAGGUGGACCAAGUUGCAAUUCUGGAAAUUGUAAAUAUCCUACUGAAAAUCCUGUGAAUACAGACAAUACUCAAAUCGGUCAAAACUAUUAUCCUUGUAGUUUUGGUAAAUGCUUAAAACCCUCCAAUAGCCUCGAUUCGACCAAACCAAAUGUCUUACCCGGUGUACCAAAGCCAUAUCACCCACCUGUUACUACGAACAACAAUUUUGCUAGUCCAGGUAAUUCAGCCGGUUGUACUUCACCAAAUUGUUAUCCCACCGAACACGUUACUGCUCCCGGUCACAGCGGUCCUAUAUUAAAGCCUGGUAGUAUUGUAUUAAAUCAGCCUUCAGAAUCAGAUUCAGAAGUAUUACUAUCAAAUAAAGGAAAUCAAAUCUAUACAGGUGGAUUUAAUGGUCCUACUGGCAUUCUUACAACCAAUAACAAGAAUAAACCGGGUGUUGACGGCAUAUUUCUUAAUCCUUCUCAUGAUAAUGGCCAUCAUGAUGCACCACAUCUGCAAUCUGUACCUAAUCCUUCGACUCCCAGCCCUCAUCUAUCUUUGCCGAACUUAUCGCACCACGUCCCUGUUGGCAUCGGCGAGAAACCUCUCAGCAAUAACAAUUUAAAACCCGUUACGCCAGUUAAACAACAUGAUGAUAAAAAUGAUCACAAACCGCAAUACACUGGCGGAUUUGGUGGCCCCGCGGGAUUAUUGAAGCCUAAUGAAUUCACGAUUCCUCAUAACUCACCAAAAUCUCCCUGUCCAUCUGGUACAUGUGGUCCAAAUUCGAAUCAAUUGGGAGCCGCUGCAGGGCACGCUGUAUCGAAUGCGGCAGCUAUCGCUGAUGCCAAGGCUGUGUCGUAUUCAGGAAGUUUUGGUGGUCCACCUGGGCUAUUAAAACCUUUUGAUCAAGGAAAACUUGAUACAAAUGGACAAAGAAAGGAUUUAGGUAUUGCUCAAAAUAAUUAUAACAAUAAUGGCCAACCUCAUAACUUUGGAGGCAUUACUAGUGGCGCUCAGGCAAAUGCAAUGGCUUCUGCGUCGGCAACGGCAGGUAGCUAUGGCACAGGAGGAUGCUCUGCUUGCUCCUCCGGUUCUGGUCAGGACGUAGGCCAUAGUAGUUCUUUAGGGAACGCUGCCUCUAAUACAGAAGGUUCAAACUUAGCCAAUGCUGCAGCGUCAGCUAAGAGCGUUGCUAGUGGUUACGCACAAGGAAGGAGUGUAGCCACAGCCAGCGCACAUGCCUCUGCUGGGGCUUCAGUUAAAGGAGGAUACGCAUGGAGAUAA